GUUUUAGGCCUUCAAAAAUCCGGAUGUUUGUAAAAUGUUUAUAAAACGACUAUUGUUUUUAUUUUCCGCCAUAUCGGUGGUUUCUUGCCUUUCAAGACAUCCGAAAUUGUUGCUCAUCUCAUUUGACGGAUUUCGAUACGAUUUAUUAGAUGAAGUAUUGACACCGAAUAUUCACAAAUGGGCGUCAAUGUCUACAUGGUUUACUUCAGGAGUGAAGUCGCAGUACGUAACGUAUACUGCGCCGAACCAUAUGAGCAUUGCCACAGGAUUGUUCGAGGAAGAACAUGGAAUUGUCGGAAAUUACUUUUUCGAUGCAGAUACCAAAAAAGCAUUUGACUAUUUCAAUUCUACCGGAAAAGAAGGUGUCGUGAAUGCAUCACAAGAGAGUUUCUGGUACAAUUCUGAUCCCAUCUGGCUUACGAACGAGCGAUGGGAGUCUUCCAGAAGAUCUGCGGCGUUUUACUGGCCAAAUGGAGAAUCACAGUUUCCAUAUAUUCCCCAUAAGCCUAAAAUUGCAAGGCCAUGGACAAUUGUUGGUGAUCUGAAAUCAUGGAUGAAGGACGCUGACGACGUUAUCGAUGCUUUUAUUCGAGAGAAGGAACCUGUUAAUUUCCUCGCUUGGUAUGUAGCAGAACCCGAUCACACACUUCAUGGAAACGGAUUUCAUAACAAGGAAAUUGAGAAAACAUUAAAGAAACUUGACGAUCUAUUUCUUUAUUUUAUCAAAAAAUUCGAUGAUAAUAAUUUGGGAGCUGAUGUGAAUAUUAUCCUAACAGCUGAUCAUGGACAUGCAGAAAUUAAAGAUCACAAACAUGUCAUGUGCGUGAAAGAUUAUGUAUCUGGCGCUGGAUUCGAAAUGGGUGAUCAUAUGAUUUAUCCACACUCGGAUGAAAUUGGAAAACAAAUUUAUGCAAAUUUAACAUCAGCAGUGAAAGAGCAUGGAUAUGAUGUGAAUAUUCAUUGGAGAGAGGAAGUUCCAGAAAGAUGGCAUUAUCGAAACAGUUCGCGAAUUGGAAAAAUCGUUUUCGAGCCGCAAAUCGGUUCUUCGAUUUCGUUUUCGUGUACGAAGGAUCUUAUGGAAAAGCAAUAUGGAGAAAACGGAACAUUAAAAUUCAAUUCAUCAACUCACGGACAAGAUCCUGAUCGUCCAGAGAUGAGAGCUUUCCUUAUUAUGAGAGGCCCAGCGUUUUCUGAAAAUUAUACGAUUGCCGAUAUUCCUUCAAAUGUGGAUUUGUACAAUAUAAUGUGUCAUGUGCUUGGUAUCACACCAACUGAAAAUAAUGGAACCAUGGAAAUUGUGAAACGAGCUUUAAAAGAGAACAGAUAUUUACCAAUGACACAUGGUUUCGUAUUUAAUCAGAUUACGGAUUCAUGGAGUUUUUCGCUUAUUUUAAUUCCUUCAAUGUGUAUUGUUAUAAUAUUCUUCGCUUAUGGAUGUAAGAAUACCGUACUCAAAUCUGAUCCCAAUUGGGGAAGAUCCGAUACAGUUCAAGGAUAUCGGCCAUUGAGUAACCGGACGAACGAAGGAUUCGAAUUAAAUGAUGAUGAGGAUGAGGAUGAAGGAGAUGGAUUAAGGAAUUCGAUAGAUUUAGAAAGAGGUGGAAGAAGGAGUCAAGCAGGAGGUGGUGCACUUGGAAGUCUGAACAAUGGAACGGUAGCAAUGUCUGGACUACUGGAUGAAAUGAGCGAUGAUGAUAUUUGAUCUUUUUAAUAUAACUUUUUGCAUUCAAAUUGUAAAUAUUUCUUGUGACCUCUUUAUAUAUUUCCCCCAUUGUGCCUUCGAUUUCUCUUUAAUUUCUGCAGAAUAUUCAAAUCACAAAGCAAAAUAUUUAUCUCUUUAUUUGUCCUAGUCAUCCUUUCAUCUCUUUUUGAUUUUUUUCCCCGGUUGUGGAUUUUCAGGAUUUUCAAAAUCAUCCAAAGACAGUUUAUCAAUUUUCAAUGUGAUAUAUUUUCAAAAAAGAUUACUUAACUUUAAUAAUGAAUGUUUCUCAUAUUU